UUGUACGACCAGCAGGGUUGCCGAUCAGAUGAAGGCGGCCGUCAGGUAGCUGGUAUUGAGCUGCCGUUUGACACAUGUAACGUUGCACGUACCAGAUCUCUCAAUCCACGAGGAGUAUUCGUUACGGCAACCGUUGUCAUCUCCUUCCACCCGCUGUUUAUCACGAAAGUUGAUCGAGCUUAUCGGGUUCAGUGCUUCUACAUGGAGGCCGACAAAACAGUGAGCACGCAGAUUGAAGUGUCCGAGAUCACAACAGUCUUCCAAACACAAGUGGUACCAAUGCCUGUUUGCCGCUACGAGAUCCUGGAAGGUGGCCCCACCGGGCAACCAGUCCAGUAUGCGACCAUUGGCCAACAAGUUUAUCACAAAUGGACUUGUGAUUCGGAGACAGUGGACACAUUCUGCGCCGUAGUGCACUCCUGCUUUGUUGAUGAUGGGAAUGGCGACACGGUACAAAUCUUGAACGAUGAAGGCUGCGCUCUGGAUAAAUUCUUGUUAAAUAAUUUGGAGUAUCCGACCGAUCUGAUGGCGGGGCAGGAGGCUCACGUGUACAAGUAUGCGGAUCGCUCGCAAUUGUUCUAUCAGUGCCAGAUAACGAUCACAAUCAAGGAGCCGAAUGCGGAAUGUGAACGACCAAAGUGUGCGGAGCCACAAGGAUUUGGCGCAAUUAAACAGGCAGGCGGUUCUGCUACUGCAUCUGUGACACGACCAGAAACAGGCGGUACUGUGGCUCAGCUGAGGUUACUGAAAAAGAGGGCUGCCAACUAUGAUACAACUUUGGAUGUCAGAACUGAUAUCAGCGCACUGGAUAUAAUUGAUGAGGUAAGCCCUUUUUAUUCCAGCAUUUUAGGCAAAAAGUCGAGAAGGCUGAAGUAG